AUGAUUUUCCUUGUGAUAUACCUAAUAGCCUUGAUAGGAAACUUCUUCUUAGUGUUGGUCUCCACUAUGGACACUACCCUUCAAACCCCCAUGUACUUUUUCCUUAGGAGGCUGUCCCUAAUGGAUAUAGGCUACACUACUGUCAUCAUCCCCAAAAUACUCACCAAUUUCCUGUCCAAGAAUCAAAGUAUUUCCUUUCGUGGCUGUGCAUCCCAGGUGUAUUUCUCCUCCUUUUUCGGCCCCUCAGAAUGUUUGAUCCUGAUAACGAUGGCUUAUGACAGACAUACAGCCAUUUGUGACCUGCUCCUCCGCUAUUCUCUCAUUAUGAACCGGAGGCUUUGUCUGCAGCUGGCCCUGGCUUCCUGGCUAUCAAGGAUUCCUGUGGCAACAGUACAGACUACAAUGAUGUUCACAUUGCCCUUCUGUGGGCAUAAUCUAAUUGACCAUUUCUUCUGUGAUAGCCGUCCUCUCUCAGAGGUAGUGUACACAGAAACCUUCGCGUUUGAGGUGUACGGUGUCACAGCGACCGUGACAUUUUUGAUGUUCCCCUUUGGAGUAAUCAUUGUAUCUUACGUCCACAUCAUCGUCACCAUCCUGAAAAUGUCCUCUGCCAAGGGCCGUCGCAAAGCCCUCUCCACCUGCUCAUCCCACCUCAUUGUGGUUUCACUGUUCUUCGGGGCUGCGAGUUUGACUUAUUUCCGAGUCAAAUCCUCCUACACUCCUGAGAGCAACAAACUGCUUUCUCUCUCCUAUACAGUUUUCACUCCCGUGCUAAAUCCCCUGAUCUAA